AUGACUCCUGAGGAAGCGGUGAGGGCUUUCACCUAUAUCUGGCGUUAUGCUUUUCAAGAACACCCUGAAGAUCUUGAAUUGGGUCACAAAAUCUCCUCUAAAUCCUUAAGUCGAGUCGACGCCUAUAUAACCACCAAUACUUCGCGUCUUGAGUCGAUGAUAAGAGUAUUACUAGAGGAAAAAGGACUCGCAAAACAUUUGGACCUGUUGAAUAACUCGAAUAAUAGGGAGUGCAGAACGUUGUUAUUUCGAACGUAUAAAGUCCCACUGGAAGCACCCAUCGAUAUGACUGUGAUCCAGGCAGUCAGAGCAACCUGUGCUAUGCCAGGGUGGUUCACUCCGGUAAAAAUCGGAAAGAAGACGCAAGAAAGACAAUAUAUCGCAUGUCAAAAUACCCUCAUGAAUCCGGUCAAAGUAGGUCUCAAAGAGGGUAAUGACCUUUUUGGACCAGACCGAAGGGUUGCCUGUAUUCUCAGUCUCGGGGCGGGAGAGGCUGGACCAGUCCCCGCAUCUUUACAGAGCGAUGUCUCACUCCCAUAUCAAUUAUUACCGUCCACCACAUCCGCAUGUAGACUGGUAGACGAGGACGUGUAUAAUCUUAUCGGAUACACAAGCGUUUACCAUCGGUUUUCGGUGGCCCGUGGGCUAGAAUCGCUUGAAAGAUUCUCGAGGAAUGUAUUCGGGGAUAUAUAUGCGCAUACACAGAUAUAUCUGUCACAGAACAGGGUAGAGCGUGAUAUGACCAAUGCUGUUGGGGUCGCAGAGGCAGGGACCUACAGUACAAUAGGAUCUAUGUGUAAGCUUAGGAUCUCUCAUCGAUCUAUUGAACCUAAUGAGGACAUAUAG